AUGAAUUUACUGGAAGCGAAAUUCUUGACAAUGUCUGUCCUUGGAUUAGUUUCGAUUGUCCUUGGUUUAUUACCAAGAAUGAUUAUAAAGAAGCUUGGUUUAACAAUGUCAUCGACCGGGGACGUCAUGUCGUCCUUCACCCGGACAGCUCUUUCAGGGAUCUUAUGCUUUGGCGGAGGAGUAUUAAUGGGAACGGGUUUCCUUCAUCUGUUGCCUGAAGUCCAUGAAGGAUGGCAGAGGUAUACAAAGGAGAACGACAUCGACGUGAACCUCCCUCUUGGCAUUGUAGUCAUCUGCGCUGGUUUCUUUCUUGUCUACUUUGUGGAAGAAUUGGCUCAUCUGAUGGCCGAUCGUCACGCCCAUAACAUAACGGACGUAUCCAUUCACCGUGCAGUAUCCAUUCGGGGUUGUCCCGUUAGUCUUGAAGGUCCAGCCCCUCCUUGCGAGUCAUCCGGGUGUCAAAAAGCGGAUAGCGAAGCGUCGUGCCAAGACAGCACUAUUUGCCAGUUGGAUUGCGACGUCAAGGAGUUUUGUCGUGAUGUAACUGAAGGAGGAGAGUGUUCGUCGAAAAAAUGCUCUCCCGCCGAAGGGACGUGCACUCCAAUUCGCCAUCUCGAUACGAUUGAAAAGAACGAUGGCUACGGAACGUUUGGAACCGUAGAUAGCCAGAAGAAUCGCGCAAAGGGUGAUCUCGAGCACGUAGCAGAAAACCAUAUGGUGAAUUGUAAUCUACACUGCGGAAAUCAAAAGUCGAAAGUAUUACACUGCACCAUAGAAGGUGAUGAUUCAUCUCAAAAACGUUCACUGUCGAGUGGUCAACACAGCCACGAUUUGCAUCACCACCAUGGACUGAUGAUGGAGAAUGGACAUUGCGUUGGAGCUCCGCUACGCGGAUUACUUUUUAUCAUUGCUCUGUCACUGCACGAAAUCCUGGAAGGCGUAGCGGUCGGUCUACAAAAGAACCAAUCUGGCGUUUUACAGCUUUUUGCUGCUGUGGCCAGUCAUAAGUUCGUGAUCUCCUUUUGUGUGGGCCUCGAGUUCUCCACCAGUGGAAUCCGACUACUCAGACAUAUUAUCUACAUCCUCGUCUUUUCACUCGUCACUCCAUUAGGAAUUGGCAUUGGUAUCUUUAUGACUGUCGCCAGCUCAAGCGAAGAAAAUCUUGACGAUUCCUUGAGUUCGUUGAUUAUGCAAGGUCUCGCCUGUGGAACCAUACUUUACGUAGCUUUUUUCGAAAUUCUCGAGCGAGAACGAUCCAAAUCCACCGUUGGUUUGAUUCAGUGGAUGUUACUUGUUUUCGGAUUCUGUGCAAUUAUGGGAUUGCAAUUGCUAGCUGUUGAUCCGGAUUUCGAAUUGGACCGUUCGAAAUCAAACGUCACCAUUCAAGAAACGUAACUGCAAAUUGAAGUCAUUCGCUUGGGUUCUACAAGUCUGACACCUCACCCACCUUUUGUUUCCUUUUUAAGAUUUAACCACUCUGAACAAAACAAAAAUACAAAUCAAUUUUUGUGCAUCGAAAACAAUACAGAUAUAGCCUAUGACAAGUAA